AUGACAUCCUGUCUUAGCAACCAGUCUGUCAUAAUUACAGGGGUCUCUGCACAAUUUGCAGAGGCCUUCCGCGCUUGUUGCUCAGGUUCCAGGAACAAGACUAUCGCGCUCAACCUAGAUCCUCUGAUAUCGGGCAAUUUGACUAAAGCUCAGGCUCAGAUAAAUACCGCUUUUGGGGCCCUCGGUGAUCAAGUCGAUGUUUUUAUUAUCGACGCUAGAACUCAGGAGCCCUGUGGGCAAGACACAAAUUGGGAGAUUCCGUUGAGUGAAUGGGAUCAAGGACACACGCCAAUGAGCUGUCAGAAAAAAAUGCUGGUGCACGCAAAGUUAUUUCUCCAGCAUCAAUUCCAGGUCAACAAGGCGAAGUCCCAUGAGAAUCAAUCAGGGAGCGGUUUCUCUGUUGGGGUCCUCGGUUAUCAGGAUCUCUUCGGUGUUUCGCUCGAUCCUAUUAUUUCUAAGCUCCAAAGGGAUGUCUCACGGCUUCACCCAAAUGCUUCCGUCAACUUUCUUGAUCUUAGCACCUCACGCGAGGCCUCUACUCAAUCAAUCGUCGCGGCAACAGCGAUACUUGUUUCGUUGAAACCCACCCGCGGCAUCAUUUCACUCGGCGACAUCGCGAGUGUAAAAAGCACCGAGAAGAACAGAAAUGAAAACUCCUCUCUCGCUCAGCCCCAAGCACCCAAGGUCAAAAUUGCUAUGUCAUUUGACUUUGACGUCGUCUCUGCCUUCUUGGGGACAGGCGAUCAUCCAGACAACAACUUAGCAGAUUACAGCACAGGCAUAUUCGCCGGCCGAGUUGGUGCCAACCGGAUAUUACGCAUGUUACAAAAACACCAAGUAGCCGACAAAGUCACUUGGUUCAUCCCCGGGCACACAAUGGAAACCUUCGAAUCAACCGUUAGGGAGAUUAUCAAGUCCGGCGCCGAGAUCGGACUUCAUGGGUAUUCCCACGAAGGUGCCUACCAAAUGACACCGACCCAAGAGCGCGACGUGCUAGUGAAGUGCAUGGAAGUGUCGCAGCGGCUAACUAGCAAAAGAGUCCGAGGCUAUCGCGCGCCCAUGUACCAGCUCCGCGAGACAACAAUCGAGCUUCUGAGAGAGUUUGAAUUCCUAUACGACUCCUCUCUAAGCCACCAUGACUCUCAGCCAUAUUUCACACCCAGCGAUCCGCCAAUCGAGCGAGUGGAUUUCUCCCAGCCGGCUAGCACUUGGUUGCGCCCCACGUCGCUUGCUGCAGCAGAUGCCCACCCCGCCGGCCAUCCACUUGUGGAAAUUCCUACUGGUUGGAAUAAUGAAGAUAUGAUGGCCUUGCAAUACUUCCCACAUCUCGAUAACAGCCACGGGCAUGUUGAUGCUCGGGUGGUUGAGCAGAGAUGGAAGGACAUGUUCUUGUGGCUGUGGGAAAAUGCCCAUAUUGAUGGAGGGGAUGGAAGUUUUGUCUUCCCCAUCUUGAUGCACCCCGAUACAAGUGGGAUGACCCAUGUGAUAGGGAUGGUUGAUCGGUUUGUGGGGUGGCUUCGGGGAUGGGGGGAUACGGUUGAAUUCCGCACUUUUGAGAGUAUCACACAAGAGUGGUUAGACGAGCAACUGAAGGCCAAGUAA